CGCAGAAGCCGGCGUCGGACGUUGCUAUAGCGUCCCACUUGUAUGAUUCAAUAAUCAAUAGUAACAAUUCGUUUCACCGCCGCUUAUACGCAUGUGUCUAUCACUGAUCGCUGUGCUAUAUUGUAACAUCCGGUAAAACAUUUCACUCAUUCCGUCUUUUUAAAUCUAACAACGGCGUAUUGCGUGUUUUUAUUUGAAACGUGUAACUUAAAAUGCACGGUAUUAAACAUUAAUUAAUAAUUAAUUUGAUAAAAAAUUCGUGCCGACCGCCGUUACUUAUCCGUCCAACAAUACACGUUACGUCAACGAACAAUCGCAAAUAUUUUAAAAUUUCCGUUAUCCCACCACACGGGUGAAAAUAACGUUUACACGGCUACACGCGAUGAAUAGUGCGCAGGAGCUUUUAUAUACAGAAAAAAUCAUUAUUUUUCCAUAUAACGCCGUGGCCGAUGCUCGUAGGUAGGUCGUAAUACUUGACGAACCCAUCGUUGCCGUUCAAUUGGUACAUACGUAAUAUAUACGUACAAUGUUCAUAUAUACACAUACACACAUACUCGACAUGGCCCUUAUUGUACUGCAAUAAUAACAAAUUAUAUCGCGAACGACGACCGUUGCGUUCGGCGGUCAUUCUCACGCGGGUCCGCAUCGCAUACGGUUACCACAAUUUUUAUACCGGGCCUACCGCGGCCCAAUCAGCAGUGGCCAUCGUCGUCAUGCCACGCGAAUGCCGGCACCGGCGGUGGUCCACCGUCCCGGUGGUCGGCGUUAGCGUGGUCACAUUGCUCGCGGCCCUCUUGUUGUUUGCCACCGUCUGCAAAUACUGUUUGUGGCCGAGAUUCGACGAAAAGGCCCUUUUCCUGUCGCCCAUGAUACGCGACGGCCGGGUCGCCGAAGCGCGGGCCGCGUGCAAAGUGCGCCUGGACGACAGCACGGCCGCGGCGGACAGUUGCGCCGGUUACCUGACCGUGGACGAGGCGCACGAUUCCAACUUGUUCUUUUGGUUCUUCCCGGCGGCGAGCGGCGAGCCGGACGCGCCCAUCGUGCUGUGGCUGCAGGGCGGACCGGGCGCCAGCAGCCUGUACUCGGUGUUCAACGAGCACGGCCCAUUUACGGUAAACGAGGCCGGCGACCUGCUGCCGCACCGGCACACGUGGACGGCCACGCACUCGAUGCUGUACGUGGACAACCCGGUGGGCGCGGGGUACAGCUUCACCGGCGACGAAGCGGGUUACACCACCAACCAGACGGCCGUCGCCAAGAACCUGUACGCCGCGCUGGUGCAGUUCUUCGAGCUGUACCCCGAGUACCGGGACAACGAUUUCUACGCGACCGGCGAGUCGUACGCGGGCAAGUACGUGCCGGCCGUGUCGUACGCCAUCCACCAGAACAAUGCCGGGGCCCGGGUCAAGAUAAACCUCAAGGGACUAGCCAUCGGCAACGGACUUAUCGAUCCCGUCAACCAGAUGGUACACGCCGAUUUCUUGUACGAGCGAGGACUCAUCGACAAUACGAACAGACAGAUAAUGGAAAAAAUGGAUGACGAGGCCCGAGAGUUGAUCGCCGCGGGAAACUACAGCGGCGCGUACGAUGCGAUGUCCACGCCACUGUCGAUGUACACCAAGUUGACCGGCCUGCAAUACAUCUACAACGUGAUGUGGGAAUACGACCCGAUACCGUACAGAGGCGGUCACUGGUAUGAGUAUGUGCAACGCACGUCGGUUCGGGCCGCACUGCACGUGGGCCUGCGCCAGUGGUCGGGUAUGGACGUGGUUUUCGGGCGGAUGAAGUACGACGUACCGCUGUCCGUGGCCCCGCGGCUGUCCGCGCUCCUGGAAACCGGCCAGUACCGCGUGCUCCUCUACUCCGGGCAGCUUGAUGCGAUCGUGCCGUAUCAAGGCUCGGUGAACGUGGCCAAAGCGCUCCGGUGGAGCGGCGCUGAACGGUUCAGGAACGCGAAUAGUACGGCCUGGAUGGUGCCCGAGCGCAACUGUCGGAAGCGAUGCAAUACCACCGAGUCGGCCGGUUAUGCGACCACGUACGGUCCACUCACCUUGCUGCUGAUCAAGAAUGCCGGCCACAUGGUACCGCACGACCAACCGAUGUGGGCCCACGACAUGAUCGAUCGGUUCACGUCCGGCAAACCGUUUGACUGAAAAUCCACUACAACACACCACAUCUGUAAUAUAAUAGUGUACAAAUAAUAAUUUAUAUUGUAAUGACGUCCAUAUAAUUGUAUGUAGGUCCCCAUAUAUAUAUAUAUAUUAUUUGGUUGGGUGGUCAUGUCGCUCACCCCACUUUAUCGCGAAAAUGUGAGGCGACAACACAAUAACAAUAUAACGUUAAAGUAUCGUUGUAUAUACUAUUUAAAUUAAGAUUAACGUUUACACUGAAUGUUAUAUUGUUUGUCCAUUUCACGAAACGAAUUAACUGUAUGUGGAAUUAUAAACGCUUUCGUUGUAUUGAAAGAUAUCUCUACUUUUUUAUAUUAAUAAAUAUAUAAUCUUGUACUGUUUAAACAUUAAUUAAUAUUAACGUAACAAA